GAAGGUUAGCCUACCCGGAAGUAUGUAAACAAGUUUAAGUGCCGUUUAAUUUUUCGAAGCUAAAACAGUGUGUAAAAACCAGAGACCACCGUGUCUUCAGAAGAACUCAGUCCGCGCGCAUCAUGUCCGGCAUGCAGCUGCUCAGAGUGCUCGUCAACGAGCGUCUGUCCGCCGCCGCGGAGGAGAUCUUCGAGGCGCUGAAGAAGACCAUAUCGGGGUACGAAGAGGAGAUCCAGGCGUCCAGACAGGAGAUCCGCCGGCAACGCAGAUUGCUGCAGAAAGUGUCCGAGGAAGAAAUAAAGUCCGGCGGUCACUCAGAGCAACCCCAGCUGACCUUGUCCGUCUGGGAAGAGGAGUUCAUCGCUGAUCAGGAGCUGGAAUUAAGCUCCAGUCUGGAUCAGGAUCAGACCAGCACAAGCCAGAAGAAAGAGCGGGCUCCAGAUGUUAUCAUCAUUCCUCAGUAUGCAAAGAACAACCUUGGCCGUUUUCAGUCCAGCUGUGAAGAUGCUGAUGGAGGAGAUCCUCUACCGAGCAUGUCUGCUGAGCAGGACCAGGGUGAGGAUGGUGAAGAUGGCCUCAGAGCCAACGAUGAUGAUGAAUGGAGAGCCAGCUCUGAAUCUCAUAGCGACAGCGACGGCAGUCACAAGACGAAGGAGGAGAAGAAAAAGAAGAAAAGGAGGUCCCGUUUAAAACUGACCCUGAACAAGAAGAAGUCUCGCAUCUGUUGCAAAGUCUGCGGUAAAGGUUUCCAUGCCAACGUCUCUCUGAUCAACCACAUGGAAGUUCACCCCAAAGACGUCUGUGGUGUGUGUGGGGAGCGCUUCGACAGCGAGGCAGCCUUUGAGGCUCACAUGAAAACGCACGUGAAGGCGGGGGUUUGCAGCGUUUGCGGGAAAUGUUUUGGAGGGUCCAGGUCUUUGGAGAUCCACAUGAGGAUCCACACGGGGGAGAAGCCAUUCCAGUGCAGCGUGUGCGGGAAGUCCUUCAACUGCCGACACAACAUGACGCGACACGUCAGGAUCCACACCGGCGAGAAGCCGUUUACCUGCACCGUGUGCAGAAAAUCCUACAGCGACCUCUCAGCCCUGAAACGCCACCUGGUGGUCCACGUCAACUUGCCCGACAGCGGAACAGAUAAAACAUCCGAAAUGGAAAAUGACAACAACAGUGAGAAUAUAUCAACAAAGAUUUUUAAUAAGUCCUACGUCACCUGCGAGGUGUGCGGUGAGAUGUUUCACUCCACCGUUUCUUUGGUGAAUCACACUAAAGGUCACGCCACAGACAUCUGCGGCGUCUGCGGGACACGCUUCGACUCGGAGGAAAACCUGAACGCUCACCUGAAAAUGCACGAGAAUGGGAAGGGGUGCGAUGUGUGCGGGAAGUGUUUCGACAGUCGGAGAAGCCUGGAGAUGCAUGCCAGGAUCCACACGGGGGAGAAGCCGUACCAGUGCAACGUCUGCGGCAAGUGCUUCAACAUCCGACACAACAUGUUGCGACACCUCAGGAUCCACACCGGCGAGAAGCCGUUCUCCUGCAUCGUGUGCGAAAAGUCUUUCAGCGACCUCUCCGCCCUAAAACGCCAUGUAACGAUCCACGGCAACAAGCCUGACAACGACAUGGCAACAACAUCCAGAGCGGGAAAUGGCAACGGUAACAAGAAGACUUUAAAGAAGACUUUGUCGAUGAAAAAAUCCCAAGUCAUCUGCGAGGUGUGUGGCCACAUGUUCCACUCCACCAUUUCCCUGGUGAAUCACGCCAAACGUCACGCCACGGACGUCUGUGGCGUCUGCGGGAUUCGCUUCCACUCAGAGGAAAACCUGAAAGCUCACCUGAAAACGCACAAGAAGGGAAAGGUGUGCGACGUGUGCGGGAAGUGUUUCGACAGCCAGAAAAGCCUGGAGUUGCACUCGAGGAUCCACACCGGGGAGAAGCUGUACCAGUGCAACGUCUGCGGGAAGUGCUUCAACAUCCAGCAUAACAUGAUGCGACACCUCAGGAUCCACACCGGCGAGAAGCCAUACCAGUGCAGCAUCUGUAAACGUGGCUUCAGCGACCAGACAGCGCUGAAGCGGCACGGCUCAGUGCACAUCGCGGUGAAGCCGUACCGCUGUGAGGUGUGCGGUAAGAGCUUCUACAGGAAGACGUACAUGAUGCUGCACAUGAAGAGCCACGCCUCUACGAAGAGCAAACUUGAGUGAAAAUGUUGGUGUGAAGCACAAUGAUGGAUCUUUUUGUCCUGCUAAAGUGUGUAAUCAGAUUACUUCUGGUCAGAAAUGAUCACUACAGAUAUCUAAAGCCUCAUUCUGCUUAGAACAUGUCGGCUUUGUUGGUUGAUUUUCAGGCCACGUCCACAUGAAAGUGAAUUGAUUGGUAGAGCCAAGUCGCUGAAGCCAUGCUGGCCAAUCAGAGGGCAGAAAAACUACAGCUUCCAGCCAAUCCAAAGCGCGGAAAAGCAGAGUAUUUCAUUUUAUGUAGCGGUCUGCUCAAUAACUCAACUAACUUUAUAUGUACAUGUAAAAAGUCCUGCUAGUUGCCAUGGAAACAGCUAAGUUAGCAGGGCAUAUUGUGAUGCGGCACACUAGUGAUGUCUGUUUUUCUCUCCACACAAUCUUCAUUCUUAAAGUUUCCAGUGCC